GCACUUCCGCGUGGGCACCUGCUUUCAAAAGAAGAAGCUUCGUUCCUUUGCGCAGCUUGCGUCGUUCAUCAAAGGAUCAACGUCACCGUCAACUCCUCCGUUCCUCGCUCUUCCGAGCCAGACAUGUCUUUAGGCGGGCGCAGAAGACUCGGCUCCCACGAGAGGUCAUCCGUCGUUUUUAAAACAGAGGCUUUCCAGGAGCCCUCGUCGUCCUUGCCGUACCCGCCGACCUUCGAAGCAAGGCAGCAGACCGAGGACCCACUUCUACUGCGACUGCUGCUAACCGUGGUGGUCAUCGCCAUUCUCAUCGCCGCUGUCGCGUUGGUCGCGACCAGAGUGGUACGGACCAAGAACGGCGUUUGCGCCACAAUCGCCUGCAGGGAGUUCGCAGAGUUCGCGCGGAGGUCCCUGAACGAGUCAGUGCCACCGUGCGAAAACUUCGGCCGCUUCGUGUGCGGCCAAUGGAAGAAGCGCAACAGCGCCAAGGCGUCCACCCUGCACGUGGUCUACGCGACAGCGCUGGAGACGCUCUUCAAAGGCCUCACUUCGGCGUAUAAUCCCGCGCGGUGGCAGAAUAUGCGCGAGCAAGUCCGCGCGUUCUUCGGCAGCUGCAACGCCGUGAGUCGAGGCGAGCGAGACGAGAUGUACACCGUAAGAGCGUUCCUCGAAGAAGCAGGAGUCAUGUGGCCGCUCGUACCGUCCAACCCCGACGUCCUCGACACCUUGCUGUAUCUCGACUUGGAGCUCAACUGGCCCUCCAUUUUACAGGUUCGCGUAAAGGAAGAGAAGCGCGUCUUCAAAGUCAGCAUCAAGCCCGCCAUGUCAUUCAGAGACCUCGCAAAUCUCCGCGGCCGAUUGAGCACGAGGGAAGAAAGACGGCACUAUUUCGAUGUGAUCUUCAGACACUACAGUCAAGGCGUUCCGGAAGAACAAGUAUACAGUCAAGUCGAGGAAGUAGAAGAACUUAUGGCGACGAAGCUAGAAAGCGCGAUGCCGGCACACCACGACAACGCAUCAUUCGAAGAGUUAGACACUGACGAACUGUAUAGAGACAGCACAAACUGGACGGAGCGUCUUGCUAAGCGGGUGAGAAUACGAAGCAGCGUCAAGUAUUACACGUCCAGCAAACCUUUCCUCGUCACGUUCUUAGGGCUUUGGUCGCAACAUGGGGAUAGCCGGAUGCACCUAUACGUUUCCUGGUGCGCCGUGCGUUUCAUCGCUCCGUUCGCUAACCGAGAGCUACUCAGAAACCACUACGGUCUUGACGCCAACGAUUUAAUACUCGGACAGACCUGUCUGUUUCUUUCCUACCAGAUUUUCGGAGACGCAAUUUUCGCGGAGUUCAACGCCGAAGUUUUUACCGCCGAGGUGCGGCAGGACGUGAGGGACCUGGUGCUGGCAGUGAGGAAGACCUUCGCGCGUCGCUUAAGUCAGUCGGCCUUCACGGAUUCCACUUCCCUGGUUGCCAAGUGGGGCACAUUGGAUCGGGUAUUCUUUGUCCUGGAGUGCCGAAGACACUACGACCUUGAGCACGCUGCAUCGGGCUUGCCCGACAUGUCGGACUCGUUCGUGAUCAACUGGAGGAUCGUGUCCAAGACACUUCGAGCCGUCAGCGCCAGUCUAGGAGCUCUUGGAGAGGACGUGCUUUCAGGCCGUAGCCUGUUCCAUCUCGACCGGAACGUCAAUGAUUUCGUCUUGUCGCCGUUUGCCCUUGUGUUUCCCAUGUAUGACGUCAAGUUGACGCCCGCGGUCAAGUACGGUGCCCUCGGAGACCAAAUUAGCUUGGCUACGGCACAGCUAGCGCUCGACCAUAUCGCGCAACAGCCCGCCGCGCAGUUCGAACUGAGCCUGUCACACCAGUGCGUCAAGCAGGCGUUAGAGAAGCACGCGGAAUUGCCCAACAACACGAUUGCGGAGCUGGCGUCCCUGUCAGAGCUGUUGGAUGCGUUCGCCAAGUCCGGCGAUGAUGACCAGCGCCUUUCGGGCCUCGUCGACUACACGGCGCUGCAGACCUUCUUCAUCGCCUGGUGCUUAAUGCGCUGCAGCGCUACAAGUACCUACCGCGACGAGGAUGACCCGUGCUCGCCUGUUCUCCGGCUGUUCCAGGCAUUUGCAGACGCCUUUCAAUGCUCGCCGGGAACGUACAUGAACGCCAGGACGAAGUGCACUGUGUUUUGAGUUGCCCAAUGUGACGAUUUAGCACACUAAAUGAAACUGUUAGGCAUACCUAUUUUUAUGUUUCUGAUUAACAACG